AUGGGUGGAAGUGCAAUUUUAAGUGAUGAUUGUUGGGAAUUUGGCAACAAUGAAGCUCGGACAGUGGUUCUAAUAGGACGUACUGGAGAUGGAAAGAGUUCGACUGGCAAUAGCAUUCUUGGGGAAAAGGUAUUUAGGUCAAUGCCUCAAUCUGCUGGAGUUACAGCUACUUGUGAGGUCCAAAGAACGCAAUUGCCAAAUGGCCAAAUAUUGGAUGUGAUCGACACGCCUGGGUUGUUUGAUUUUUCAGAUGAUACCAAAAUUAUUGGAAAUGAAAUUGUUAAAUGCAUCAGUAUGGCUAGAGAUGGCAUCCAUGCUGUCCUCUUAGUUCUUUCUGUAAGAACUCGCUUUUCAAGAGAACAUCAAGCAGCUAUCGAGAGUUUUCAACAUAUCUUUGGCAACAAAAUUAGUGACUACAUGGUUGUGGUAUUCACCGGUGGAGAUGAUCUUGAAGACCAUAAUGUGACUUUAGAUGCUUACUUGGGUGCCGACUGCCCCGAGCCUUUACAGGAAUUGGUUGCUAUGUGUCAAAAUAGGGUACUGCUUUUUGACAAUAGGACGAAAGACCCAUUCAAGAAAGCACAUCAACUAAAAGAGCUUCUUGAACAAGUGAAUUUGGUUGUGGAAAAGAAUGAUGGAAAACCAUAUACGAAUGAUUUGUUCAAGGAAUUGAAGGAAGGAGCCAUAAAUUUUCAUUAUCAGAAGGAAAUGGUUGAUUCUUCAACAGCACAUUCUGAGGAAGGCAUAAAUGAAUUGAAGGACCUAAUGCAGAAAUCCCAUGAGGAGCAAAUUAGUCGAAUAACUGAAAUGGUAGAAUCGAAGCUAAAAGUGAACAUACAAAGACUAGAGAAGCAAUUAGAGAAGGAGCAUGCUGCUAGGCUUGUGGCUGAACAAAAGGCGGAAAAAGCACAGAAAGCAUCAAAGGAUGAGCAUCGAAAGCUGAAAGAUCAACUUCAUAGCUCCCGUAGGGAGAUUCAGAAGCUCCGUGGUCGGCCUGUUUGUAAUAUUAUGUAAUUAAGAU